AUGGCCUCAGCGACAGGAAUCCCUGAGAUUCACCCUGCGACGAUCGAAGCUCGGGAUGAUGAGCCACUGUUGGGCCGUCCAGGCGAUGUGACACAGAAGCCUGACGAGAGGAUUUAUCGCAACCUCUUCACAGGUGAGUGUGAGAGUGUUGUUACUGUGUUGCUCACCGAAUCCCCACUGACGUCUGACUUAGGGACCGCGAGUGUUGCGCAAGCUGGGAUCUGGAUCCUAGCAGCGUUGGUCUGGCAAGGCAUCUUAUCCCAGCCGCUCAUAUUAUUCACUCCACAUCCACUACUGGGUGUAUCUGCGCUUCUCCUCCAAGUCCAAGCAGCCCUCAUCUUACAACCAACCGCCACCCCAGAACAGAAGCGUGCUGGCACUCGCAUCCACUACAUUCUCCAACUACUCAGCGUGACUCUUUUCGUCUCUGCCUUUGUUAUCAUCGAAGUGAACAAGGGCUCUCACCCACACUUUGUUUCUCCCCACGGUAUCCUAGGCCUGACCACCUACAUCGCCAUUGUACUACAAGCGCUGGUCGGUAUCAUUCAGUACUUUUUGCCCGUCACUGUCCUCGGUAGUAUUGACGCUGGCAAGCGCAUUUACAAGUAUCAUCGCUGGAGUGGCUAUGUUUUGCUACUGCUGGAGAUGGCGACUGUCGUGGCGGCGACGCAGACCACAUUUAAUGUGAAUGUCAUUCACAUAUCGCUAUGGGGUGUGCUUUUCGCUGCUUUCUUGAUUCUCGCUGGUGUGGGUGCGAGGAUUAAGAAGCAUAAAAUGGGAUUGUGA